AUGUUGCCUCCUAUCGUCAAUGACCUCAUUAGUCUGGAGAAAGGUAUUGAGAUGUAUUCUGAGGAUCAUGGUGAAGUAGUUCUUGUCGUUGCGCCCCUGUUGCUCUUUAUGGGUGACAACCCUCAUCAAUCUCAGCUUGCCAUGCAUAAGAGAACAUCUGUCAAGAAGUUUUGCCGAAAAUGCCUCAUACCUUCACCUCGUAUUGAACAGGGUUCCAUCCCUGACACUCCGCCGUAUUCUCCAGUUGACCACCGUGGGUCAGAAGAAAGAAUGAGGGAUUUCUUGUGCGCCUUUGCCAAUGCCAAUUCCCAGUCAGAGCUAUAUCUCAAUGGGUGCGAAUUGAGUUAUAUUAAGAAUGGAAGUGAGGAAUUUCUUAGACUCAAAGCCUUUGACCCUACCAAAGACAUGCCUAAGAUGCUGACUACAAGUGAAAAGGGGAGACUCCAGGAAGCUCUAAACUCUUACAAGUCUUGUAAGAGUUACAGCCGAACAUUCAGGAACAAGCUUUGUCACACUGGUUCGUUUGUUGGACGCAAUUUCAAGGAAUUGAUUCAAGUCCUGCCUGGAAUUACAAGCAAGCUCUUUAGUGACAAACCAUCGGCAAGUUUGUUCAUUAAAGCCUUGCAUGCAUUAGGCCACCUGUCGUCUUUGGUGUACACGCGUGGAGUCGACUGGUGCUUCAACUACUAUAUUGCCUAG